CCGAACUUACAGCGCCACACGAUGACGACGAUGACGCGCAUGUUGGGGCGGGCAGUUGCCGCGGGUGUUCGUGGUGUGGCGCAGUGCCACCAGCACCACCAGCAGCUGGCAUACACGAGGUUCGCUACAGCGACUCGUGCCCUCCAAACAUCAACCCAGUGCCACAACCUCUCCAAAACAACAACUUCUGAAUCCAUCAAGCGAUUCUACGAGAAGGCCUCUGUUGUGCCCUGCGACGGCGGAUUCCAAGUGCACCUGGACAAGCGCAGCUUGAAGACGCCAAAGCGCAACACGUUUGUGGUCCCGUCGGAGGAGUUGGCGCAUACGGUUGCCUUUGAGUGGGAUGUGCAAGGCGACGUGAUUGAGCCCUCGAGCAUGAACGUCACGCUGCUGUGCAACACGGCCAUCGACAACCCAAGCGGCAUGAGCCACGAGGACCGUAUCGACAACGUGGAGCCGUUCAUGCGCACAGACACCGUCUGCUUCCGUGAAGACACAUCACGGGCGCUCAUUGACAUGCAGAGCGAAAUCUGGGACCCCAUUGUGGAGUGGUUUGCCAUGCGCUACAACCAGCCGCUCAUGGUGACGUAUCGGCUGGACGAGGUGCAGUCGCCGGAAGCCGUUGCCAUCAUGCGUCGCGAACUGCUCGGAAUGACCCCGUUCGAACUCACAGCGUAUGAGCUGGCGGCCGACACGGCCAAAUCCGCCGUCAUUGCGCUCGCACUGCGCGAGGGAGCCAUCAACGCACAGGAGGCAACGGCCGCGGCGCGCUUGGAAACGGAUUUCCAGACGAGCCGGUUUGGUGAAGUGGAAUGGGCGCACACCAUCGAGAAACACGACACGCAGGCCCGUCUUGCGGCGUCAGCGAUUGUCAUGCGACUUGCGCGAGAGGCAACGCUCGCAUAAUGCGCGUUGUUACAUGUGUGUGUGUGAGUGGAGUGUGCGUGCGAGUGUGUGUGUGUUUGUGUGUGAGUGUGUGUGUAUGCGUGGAUUGUAUGCAGUUGUCAUAGAUUGAAGUUGUUGGAAGUCAUGUCACAACACAUGAAUCAUAUUGGUUGUGGAAAAUUGAGGAAGGAAAAAUGAAACGCGAGGGCGGAAAGCACCACAUGUGUCUUGACUCUCAGC